CUUAGCUCCUUAUUUAUGGGCCCAUUGACAGCGCUAAAGAGCUCCUGUCAGGGGCCUGCUCACAGUCAGCUGGUGAACGUCCCAGCGGGGGGAGGCAGCUGCCGUCCUGCCCAGAGAAGAAGCUCCCUCAGCGGGUCCCGUGUCCCUGCGGCCCCCCUGAGUCGGGGUCCCAGGCACAGGGAAGGAGGAUGGUGGGGAGGCUGGUUGACACAGAGCUUCCAGACCGUCAAAGACAAGUCAGCAGAGGCGUAUGAGUUUAUCAAACGAGACCUGACAGAAUUCUCCAGCGUGGUCCAACAUGACACGACAUGCUCCAUUGUUGCGACAGCGAACGCUGUUAAAAGCAAACUGGCCGUUGAAGGUUCAUCAGAGGCCACGGAAAAGGUGAAGAAGGGCCUUUCAAAUAUACUGGGUGUGAUCACAGACACUUUGGCCCCUCCCCAAGACAUGACUAUCGACUGUGAUGUCAUCACGCUGGUGGCCACUCCUUCAGGCACAACAGAGGUGUAUGACAGCGGCAAGGCUCGACUCUACAGUCUUCAAGCAGACCCUGCUACAUACUGCAAUGAGCCCGACGGCCCCCCACAACAGUUUGAUUCCUGGCUCUCCGGUUUCAUUUUAGAAGAGAGGAAGGCAGAGAUCUCUGAACUGCUGGUUAACAGUCCUGCCAUAAGAGCUCUUUAUACUAAAAUGGUGCCAGCAGCAGUGGCUCAUUCAGAGUUCUGGCAGCGGUACUUCUAUAAAGUGUUCCAGUUGGAGCAGGAAGAGGCUAGGAGGGUCGCGUUGAAGCAGAGAGCAGAGCGCAAGACUUCUGAGAGUCUUGGCUGGGAGGAAGAGGACGAAGAAGGUGAGUUUCUUGGGGCCGUGUCUUCAUCUCGCUUAGAUUUCACACCCCCUGUGGAGGAGGCACGUGUCCCUGCGGUGACGAUAGAGACCCCUGAAAGCUCCUCUCCUCCUCAAGUGGUGAUUUCCUCCAGCAACGUAGCAUCUGACGUCACCCCCUCCGUAAGCAGUGAGAGCGUCAGUUUCCCCACCCAGAUUGAGAAUCAAGCAGACUCGGUCACCAUCAGAGUCACGCAGCUGUCCCACGCUGAUGAUGAGGUCUCUCAGAAACUCUCAGAGGCCAGUCUACAGGAGACGGUCCCGGAGGAGCGACCCGCGCAGCGUGAAGAGCCCGCCAGAGAGGACAUGGCUCAAGACCUCCGAGUGUUUGAGCUCAACUCGGACAGCGGCAAAUCCACACCCUCCAAUAAUGGCAAAAAAGGUUCGAGUACAGAUGUGAGUGAAGACUGGGAGAAGGAUUUUGAUCUGGAUAUGACAGAGGAGGAGGUUCAGAUGGCUUUGUCAAAAAUAGACGCAACGGGAGAGUUGGAAGAUGCAGACUGGGAGAACUGGGAGUGAGAAUCUGGUGGAGGGAAUUCUGGUCCGAAACCGACACGAGACGUUGCUGUACCCAAAGUGAACCAUGCUUAAUGUAUUUAACUCCUAGUCAACAGUCACACCUGCUCAUUUCACCAGUCCAUUGAGCGGGUCUCCUCCUGCGAAUGAAAUGAACACGCUAGCGGUCAUCUGAAGUGUGUUAUUUAAUCAGAGCUGGUGAAGGGGUGAUCUGGUUUUUGCUCUGGCUCUCCUAAAAAUGACCUGCGGUGAAACACUAAGACAGUUCAGAGAAAGCACCUAUCGGCUAAUGAGGACAGGUCAUCUCGCGUUGCCAUUUGUACCUGCCGUAUAUGUACAUUAAUGUUAUUCUUUGGAGAUUUCAGUGGGAGAAUGCAAAUUAAUUGCCAGGGCUCCUGAUUAGCUGUAAUCGAUUAAGCUGUUCAUCAUUCUUAUAGGAUUAGAAAAUAAUCUUUCACAUUAAAAAAUAUAUUUAUGUUUCUUUUUUUUUCUGGCAUAUAGGUCUCUGGCUUCUUUUUUUCUAAAGUUAGCUUCUCUUGAAAUAUUAACACCUUUAAUCAUAUGCAAGUUAUUCUAGCAUUGAGAAUGGAAAUGGAGAGAUGCUUCAUUCAUUCUGCUGAUGCUCUAUGGCCUUGUUUAGUGUUUGGUGUGGAAUGAAAAAAAAAUGUCAUGCAAAAGUUACAAAAAAAAAAAAAGUUAUUAUUUCACUAAA